AUAGUCUCCAAGUCUCAGGUCCAACCUUGGACUUAUUUAGCGGUCGCCCAUUAGGUCCAGGGUUGGACCUGAGCCGUUUGCCGUAACUAUUGGUAAUCGAGUCUCCAAUCGAUUCUCGAAGCCCCUGUCAAGAACCAGGGCAGCCAUAGUGAUAUUAUUCUUUCGUUUUUUCUCGUUUACAUUUGUGGUUUUUUGCAGCGAAACAGCUUAAAUUAGGUAGUGUAGAUAGUAAAUUGAUAGAAGGGAUGGAUGACAAAGAGACUCAAAAUUCGCCUGUUUUGACUGCUAAAGAAUUGCAAGCAAGCUUUAAUUCUGAAGGUAAAGCAAAAAGUGACGUUUUAAGAAGAAGAAAUAUACGAGCUUCGAAAAGCCUGAAAGCCGGCAAAAGUUCUUCAAGAGUGGAUGGCGUUAAGCAGCGGCCUAGGAUUGAAAAGAAAUGUGAAGGAACAGCAGUCACAAUUCCAAACAAGGCUCCAAACAAGGCUCCAAACAAGGCUCCCCGUUUCCAGUCGUAUUAUAACCAGAUACCAUGUGAUAUCUUUACCAACAAUGAAAACAAUGAAGAGCCCAUGACUACAGAUACUGGGGUACCGUUCAUGCUGAAACAUGACUAUCAAGAAACGCAGACUGUUUGGAAGACUAGAAUGGAUACCCAAGACCAACUGUGGAGUAAAAACAGAACUUCACUUCACCAGUCAAUCGUAGAAAGUUUGCCAUUAUGUAAACAAGCAGCAUGUUCGAACUGCCGUGGAGUAGGCUCAACGCCAGUUAAAUGUCAAACUUGCAGAACCUACCUGUGUGCUGCAUGUGACAAAAUUGUUCACAGCAAGACUGUUACACACCAGCGAGUAUGUGAAGUGAAAGACAGUCUUCAUCAAAUGCUUCCAACUGAAUUUCUAAAUGGUGUGGAUUCCUUGGAGACAAUAGACGUUCCUGUUCCGAUUCUGGAGCCAGUAGCGUGUGGUUCUUGCAAUUCAAUCGGUUCUGUAAGAGUGCACGCAGGUGCAACUAGAACUACUGUUGUAUCUACCUUAGGGCGAUUUGAUGUUAGCUCGUCAGCGUUCAAUUGCAACACCUGUGGAGCUGUUCGAGAGGCCACUUGUACAGAAUACAUUUGUUCUGGUUACUGGCCAGGAUCUUACAAUAGUAAUAAUUACUUUUUUGAGGAAAGUUUACUGCUGCUGUGGUUCCAUGUUCGACAUGAACUUCCUGGCUCCUCCCAACACGGGUGGAUCACUGCGGUUGGGAACGUUUCCCAACAUCACCAAAGAAUCGGUACUGUCAACAGAAUUUUGUACAACAGAAGUCGCAAGGAGUUUGAAUACUUCCAUCACGUUGUGAAACGAGACAUUUUAUUUAGAUUUGCGCUUGGUUGCAAGGCAUGUGGAACCAGUCCACACGGACACCAUGCCGAUGCGUGCAUGAAGUUGUACAAUUUUGAUUCUGUUAACGAACGAAAUGGUGAGUCUCUCUUCAAAGAUGAAAUAAUGGUUUGUGACCAAGACCAACAAAAGCACGUCGAACUUAUAGAACAAAGAAUACCAAGGUCAGCUGGAAAUGCUACUUGUGGUAGGUCCAAAUUUAAAGCUGGCCGUUCCAAUGCCAGGAGAAAGGACACUAAAAAUGCUAAAGGAAUUGAGAUGAUGACUUGUACCCAUGGGGUAAUUAAGGGAAUGGCUAGCUUGGCUCAUGCUGAGACCUACAAGCACACGCAUUUACAACAGCUGAAAUCAGUUGAAUCAGGAGCUACCUUUUUUGCAACGAUGUUGUUUGUAAAUUCAAGCCUUUUUGUGAAAAAAUAGCACUAAUGUUUCCUGAGCGGAAAGAUUUUCAACGGGCUGCUAUUGCACAGAAGUGGUUUCUGUCAAGAUUCCAUGGACGAGCACACAGUUGGGAUUGCAGGGUUUUACACUUCGGUCAUUGGUUGAAUGGUGCUGCAGACUUUCUUGGUGAAGAACAAGAACAAUUAUUUGCAAUUCAAGGUAGAAGAGCUGCCACUUCCAAGCACAUGAGCUUAUCUGCUCGAAGGGACGACGUAUCGCAGGCUGCAUUCUACAGCAACGAAAGCAAAGACAUGGCCCAUCCUCAAUACCUCGUUAAAUGUUAUUUAACGGCUGUAAAAAAUGUCCCGAUCUAUGAAUCUAAAUUAGAAAAGCGCCUUAUUCAGAGGCAGUUGACGAGGGCUGAUUUACCUUGCAUACUGGAGUCACUCAAGUUUCGAGCUCGCUCAGUU